AUGCAGCUAUGCACUGAAAGUCAGAUACAUCCACUGCAAACCAGGCGACUAGAACGGUUGUGUGCAAUCUGUCAGCAUGAAAGAAACAAGAGGCUGAAGGCCCUCGAGUCACUCAAUAGCGAGAUUCAUUUCGAGCCCUGGCGAUGGCAGUUCAAGUACCAGGGCGGAAGCACCUCAACGCAGCAGAAGGGACCACCAAAAGUAGCAGAGUUCAAUGCGGAAAACAGAAGCAUAUGGGACGUAACUACCACAUUGAAUGGUCUGGUGACCGGUAGCUCAGGUUGGAUGAAGGACUGGAAGCGUCAAGAACCUCAUGUCGUCGAUUGA